UUAGUAAAUGAAUGCAAGGAAAAGUGGAGAAACGUCAGAUCGUCUUUCCUGAGAAGUUUGAAACCACCUCUAUGCGGAUCAAAAACGAAAAAGCCGUAUUAUUUAAAAGAAUAUUUACAGUUUAUAUUACCCUUCGUUAAACCGUUAAGUAACGUAGAAAGCUCAGGUGAUAUUCCUGAGUUUGAAUUUGCAAAUACGGAUUCAACAGAUUCAGUAGACGUUACUAAUGCCAGUCUCAGUGAAGAUGCAGACACUGUAGACAUCAAAAUUGAAUCAACUACUUUAACAUUACCAGAAGAAGAACGAUCAACCCGUUCUCGGCCUCCACCUCAAACAAUGAGUCAUCGUCGCAAACGUUCAACGCCCGAUGAUGAAGAAACUUUCUUAGAUUACUUGAAAAAUAAAUCUAAAAGAUAUCACACUGAAGAGACAACGAACCAAAUUUGUAAAAAUGAGUCUAUUCGUUACUUUCUACUCAGUUUGUUACCCGAAUUUGAAACAAUGACUGAUGACCAAAUAAGAAUGUUUAAAAUUAAAGUUAUGAUGCUCAUCAGUGAUAUGAAGUCAAAGCCAGAUCAAGGGAAAAGUAGUCCAUUUUAUUCAGAUUCGUGAACUAUACUUUGAAUCUUAAAUUAGUUAGAUGUAAACCAAAAUAGAUAAUAAUGAAAAUGU